GUUACAUUUCAAGACGCGUCUGUCAUCGACACGGUCUCAUCUUUCAGCGUAUUGGGUCCUCAACACUUAUUACCUGUAAUCACUGCCUUGUAGCGACAAUUAAUUACUACAAGAGGGGAUGACAGAGGAACUUACGUAUGACUCCUACACAGUGGGAUGGAUAUGCAUGCUUGACCCUGCACUUUGCGCAGCAAGAGCACUGCUGGAUGAGGAGCACGAUCCGCUUCCUCCAAAGGAGAUUGAUGAUAAUAACUAUUUUCUCGGCAAAAUGGCGAAUCAUAAUGUCGUUAUUGUCUUCCCUGGAUCAUAUGGCGUAAGAGCUACCACUCAAGCAGCUCGUGCUUUUCCUAAUAUUAGGUUUGCACUGAUGGUUGGAGUUGGCAGGGCUGUUCCAAGACCACCAAAUUCCGAUCCACGAAAAGAUAUUAGACUUGGAGACGUCGUAGUGGGUAGCCCUGGGAACGGACAUGGUGAAGCUACAGGCGGUGUUCUCCAAUAUGCUGCGGUCAGAGUGGCAGGUGAACCUAGCUUUAGGAUUAAACCUGCAGGUGGUCUCAACAAGCCUCCCCCGGUGUUGCUCAAAGCGAUAAGGCGCCUACAGCUAGAUCACGGCUUCGGCAAGGGCAAAAUGUGGACGGACAUAGACCAAGUUGUGAAUCUAGGCGUGCCGGCAUUAGAAGAUGCUGGAUAUCCCGGAGUGGAGCAUGAUCGGCUGUUCAAGUUCGAAUAUAAGCAUUCUUCUGGGGAAGAUUGCUCGUCUUGCGACGUGACUCAAAUAGAAAACAGAGGUGCCAGGAAGACUACCCGUUCAGUCGUUCAUUUAGGCUUGAUAGCUUCUGGAAGUCCGGUGAUGGUGUCUCCUAUACAUCGAGAUCCGCCACCAAGCCCCGGGAAGAGCUUGGUUUGUACUGAUCGGGAGUUUGCAGGUCUGAUGGGUACGUUCCCCUGCCUUCUUAUUAAAGGUAUAUAUGAUUACACGGAUAGCCAUAAAAACAAAAUCUGGCUGCAAUAUGCGGCUAUAGCAGCCGCAGCGUACGCAAAAGACCUCUUGAGAGUCAUUCAUCCUAAGGAAGUUGAAAUAACACCUCUGCCAAAUAUUACCGAACCCCCAAACGCGAGCCAAGCUAACGGUGCUACUCAGGCUAUGGGUCACGGAGCUGGUGUCGGAUCAUCCCUUGAGGCCGAUAGACCGCAAGUAAAGAAGGAGAAUACACGGGCAGAUGUCAAGAUAUUACGUGCUGAGAGCAUUUGAGCAGGAAAUUGUCAGCUGGCAGAACACAGGGAGCGGUUCCUACUUCGCGGGUUGUUUCUAUUCUUCC